UUCAAUUCAAAAAGAGCUUUCCUGCCAGGGAGGGUUUCCGAGCCGCUUUCUUGGUGUUCUUCUCUCUUUUUUUCUUUUUUUCUUUCCUCUGUCCUCUCGUUUUGUUUUCGGUCGACCCCGUUCGUUUUCACGCUUCGUUUUUUUCCGCGCUCGCUAUAAAAUUCUCUCGCACUUCCAAACGUCAGUCCCCCCUUUCGAUUUCAACUCGAAUUUUUUUAGUUUCUCGACUUCGAAAAAAAAAAAAAAAUCUCCGAAACCUCUGUCGCUCUCCACUUGUGUCUAUUCCUAUCAGGAUCCUAACCUGAAAACACGAAUUUAAAAUUGUACAGUUCGGCUCAAAAAUAAGUAUAAAAUAUUUUUCGUAACCUAGUGCGUGUAAAAAAAAAUCAAAUUCUCCCUCCUCAUCUGAACCGGAAAACCGUCGUUAUUUUUUGGUUUUUAUUUACUCAUAAACGAAAAUGAUUGUGUGACCUGGAUAGAAAUUUAGCUAAAACGUGUGUGCGUGACGAACUCACCGAAAGGACACCGAAUCAGGAUAUUUUAUACGCCGAAAAAAUUCAACCAGUGCUUGGACCGUGUUCGAAGAAUCCGAUUUCAAAACAAUUUCGGGAUGUUUCUGAGUGUGUGAUUUUGAAGGCGGUCGAUCCCGCGUGAUCGCCCGGAUUUCGAAUGUCGGAGUUCGUGGUCCGAGAAUCGGAUUUCGACGAGGAAGCUCAAACAGCCCAGCAAGAUGCCCCGGUGCCUGAUGGCUAAAAAGUGGAAGGGCUACCCGUGGCCGACGGAGAACGCCAGCCCUCAUGUGGAGACCGCGCUGGAAGAGGAGGAGGAGGAGAUCGACGUUGUCACCGUCAACAAUGGCACGUCGCCCAUGCCGGCCACCGUCUGGGGGCCCUCCAGCCCCACCGAGGGGGCCACCGCCCCCAGCCCCCCGCCGUGCCCCGACUCCGGCAGGAUAUCAGUCCAUUGUAAUGGGUACGUUCAAGACCUGUCCCACUACAGUGCAUUCCUGCCGCGGGAGCCCUGCUCGCCGCCUCCGAGCUAUGUGACCCUGCAAACGGCCAGCGUGACCGCAACGGCAGCAACAGUCAUAGCCACAACCGCAACCGCCGCCCCUACCUCCCCGCCGCCCGCUCAACCACCUAUAUCAGCGCGGACGAAAUCCCUGGCGAUGUGCUUCACGAGCACCGGCGCCGCCCUCUCCCUCCCGCCGAAGAAGAAGGACAUCUACCGACCCUACUCCUUGGACGACCGACCCUCCUGGCGCCCCGCCGAAGAGGACCUCUCCGCCGCCCACGCUAUCCUCGACCUAAGCGCCUCGCCACCCGCACCCGCGGCCAAACCGCCCGCGGGUAAAACCGUAGCCUACACCUACGAAGCCUUCUUCGUGAGCGACGGCCGCUCGAAAAACAAACCUGUGAGCCCGGACAUCCCCGACCAAAAACCGAGGUACACUUGCUCCGAGUGCGGGAAGCAGUACGCGACCUCCUCGAACCUCUCCAGGCACAAGCAAACCCACAGGAGUUUGGAUUCCCAGUCGGCCAAGAAGUGCAUGACCUGCGGGAAGGCUUACGUCAGCAUGCCUGCGUUGGCGAUGCACCUGCUGACGCAUAAGUUGACGCACGCUUGCGGGGUCUGCGGGAAGAUGUUCUCAAGGCCGUGGCUACUCCAGGGUCACCUCAGGUCGCACACGGGUGAGAAACCCUACGGCUGCGCACACUGUGGGAAGGCCUUCGCUGAUAGGUCAAACUUGAGGGCGCACAUGCAAACCCACUCCACGGAUAAGAACUUCGCUUGCUCCCGGUGUCAUAAGACGUUCGCACUCAAGUCGUAUUUGAACAAACAUUUAGAGUCAGCAUGCCUUGUCGAGUCGUCGGAAGAGGCCAAGCCAAUUAUGCCUCUGAGUGACCACAAUUCCCAGUAUUAUUCGCCCAUAGUCUCGUAAUUCGAAUGGAUGUUUUCUUUGAGAUCUGUUCCGAUUUUCUUGUCCUCUUUUGGAUUUAAUUCUAGUCACGUGCUCAAAGGAUGUUUAAUGUUGAAACAUUUUUAUUCGUGUAUUUUCAGACUUUUUGAUCUUUAGAUUUUCGUGAGGAUCGGUGGUUUCCUCGACAUGUCCCCCUCCAGUUUCGUAGAUCGAAAAAUGCCGAGACGGAAAAACUGAGGCCUUCGAUUUAAGUUCUUCCAACAGUGAUAGUAUUAUCUGAAAGAAGAGACGGGAUUAUGUUUUCAAUGGAAUACCAUUGAUUCACACCGAUUAUCAUUUCUAGUCAAUAAUCGCAAGAAGAUAUUUUCCUCCAGAAAUUAAUGUUUUGAGAUUCUCAAUUUCUUAUGUUUGUUCUUUUUUUUCUUCAAUUCCAAUGCUUGGUCUCAGUCUCCGUACAUUCCGUUGCUAAUAACCAAGACAAUUUUGAACAUGGCGAAAUCUGUGUUUACUUAUUUUUCAACGAUUGAAUACAAAAAUUAUGGUUACUUUUACCAUUAUUAAAACUAAUCUGGACCGAUUCAUGGAACAUUUUCUACACCAAAUUAACUUUUUUUCAAUAAAUUAGUGAUUGUCUUCUUUACCGUCCAAGUCUAGUCAGAGGUGAAAGUAAAAUAAAUCGCUAGUCCAAUAUUUUUGAAGUAGCAUUGAAACUUUGAGUCAAAUGGCCAAACAUUUUGAAAAUGUCAUUAUUCACGAGCGAAAAAUAUUUGUUUUGGCUAACUUAAUGGUAGGUAAUCAAGGUUUUUUUUAUUUAUUUAUUAAUAUUUUUGUUGCAGCGGUUACAUACUUACAUGUAUUUGCUUAAAAUUAUAAUUUGGUCAAUACAUUCUGUACAGUAGUUUUUAAGCUUUUGGUACGUCUACGAUUUCCCGGUGCAUAAAAAGUAUUACAAUUCAAAAGAUUACAUACAUUUUUCUCAUCUUUUUCAAAUAGGUACUCACAUAUUUUUAGUAAAGUAAACGUAAAAGAUUUCAGCUGAAACAUUCGUUUCUCAAACACCUUUUUUUAAGUUUCACAAUGAAGAUCUAAACUUUUCAUAUAAUUUAUUUUAUGAUUUGCUUAGCUUUGGACUCUAACAUAAUUUUUUCGACUACGGGCAUUUGCUAGCAAUCUAAAGGUUGAUCUAUACUACAAAAUUGGAGAAAAGCAAAAAUAAAAAAAAAAUCAAGAUUUUCUCUGCCUUUCAAGUUCUGCUUGCACUAAUUAAUCUGAUUGAUAUCAUCAUGGUAAAAUUGUUUCGUCUCAAAUACCGGAUGGAUAUCAAAAGCUUAUGAGUCAAAAUCAUUUGAUCCUUUUUUAAAUUUACUUAAUGACCUACUUGAAAAGAGGGGUUUGAUGUUCCGGUUUUCAGCUGAAAUAUUUAUUUUUGGUAUUUGUAAUGAAAUCAUUCUGUCAAGUCGUACUCUAUUAUAUAUUUACACUUUAGCUACAGUUAAGAGUUUCUCUCCGUCCAAUAAAAAAGCCAAUGAAAUGAAAAAUCAACAAAAACCUUAAUUAGUACCAACCUUCUUUAAAAAAUAAAGCUGACCAUUUACAGUCAAUUGUAGUCAGACCCUCAGUCAAUAUUGUGAAGGGAAAAAAGUCACGAAUUCCUCCUGAAAAAUUGGAGAAAACGGGAAAGAACGGAUUAUGUCAUAAAAUUAUUACUUAGGUAUUCCCUCCAAACUGAGGGCAUAUUUUUACUACUUUGAACAAUUUUCAAAGAUAGGCUCAAAAAAUUUCAUAUCACCUUUGAAAUUCGUUAAUUUGAACGUUACAAUUCCGCUCAUAGCGCUUAAUAAAGGUUACGUUACUGGUUGAUAAUUUAAUAAUCCGUCAACUUCAUUCAUAUUUCUGUAGAUAGUUUUUCUUUUUGUCUUAUAAAUGGCAUCGAAGAAAGUCCCUAAUUUUUCAAUUGAUCACGUUCAAAAAAGAAUGCUACCCAUGUGGAAUUUCCACUGGCAGUAUUACCUUCCCGAGAAAUGAUGCAACCAAGUGCCAGGAGCACCACAAACAAUUUCCAUAUUUAAUUUCAAUUAUGAGUAACCAAUUUUUCUAAAAAUGUUUUCUUGACUUUUAAAAUCAGAUAGUUCCGAUCUGUUAAUUCUCUAAGCUCUAAUGUGCGAAAUUUUUCCCUUUCGUUUCCCUAAUUACUCUAGUCAAAUUCUUGUCAGCAUUAUUGCAACGAUUGCAAUUUUUACUCGUUCAUUUUAGUUUAAUUUUUUUUCUUUAGAGUGUCCUCAAAUCAAGCUACCGUUUCCAGAAACAAGAAUCGAAAACGUAUAAUUUAGCAAAGUCAGUAUUGCGUUUCUAGUAUUUAUUUAUUUAUCGUAUUUUUAAACAAAGUAGUAUUAGUUGAAACAUACUUCAAACACAUUCCAGUUUGUAAAUCAUUCCAAUGUGCUGAAUUGUUGAAAUCGUUGUAAAAAUUAGGGCAAAACUGACCUUUCAACAAGUUUAGUUAGGUAUCGCUUGAAAUUCUACGAUGAACGCU